UGCGGUUUAUAUGGAAGCGGACCAUCGACAACAGUCCGCACACAUCGAGACAUGAACACUGGUCUACAGAUCGUCCUUCAUCUGAGCAGCUCGAGGCGUUAAGCUUGAUUGUAAGAGUUUGUUGGAUUUAUUAGUUUGUCCGACUUUCACUUUCACAACAGACUAAACACACGUUUUGGACGAAGAAGCUCGUUUCUCAGCGCUGAUGUGAAGCAGCACGAGGUCAAAGGCUGAAGACUGCAAUUCUCUCACCUACAUUUGAAGCCAAGAGCCAUUAAACAGGUACAGAUGGGGCAGGGGGAGGUUUCAGCGAGGGGCUCAGCCAUGGAGGGUGACUGCCUCAGUUGUAUGAAGUAUUUGAUGUUUAUCUUCAACUUCUUCAUCUUUCUGGGUGGCUCCUUCCUGCUGGGUGUCGGUGUUUGGGUGCUGGUGGACCCAAUGGGCUUCAGGGAGAUUGUGGCGGCCAACCCCCUGCUGUUCACAGGGGUCUACGUCAUCCUGGCCAUGGGCAGCAUGCUGUUCCUGCUAGGCUUCCUGGGCUGUUGUGGAGCCAUCAGGGAGAACAAAUGUCUCCUACUCUUUUUUUUCAUGCUCAUCCUCUUCAUCUUCCUCGCUGAGCUGGCAGCUGCCAUCCUUGCCUUCCUUUUCAGGGAGCAUUUAACCAGAGAGUAUUUCACCAGGGAGCUGAAACGUCACUAUCAAGGUCAGAACAACACUGAUGUUUUCACCUCAACAUGGAACGCCAUCAUGACCACGUUUGAUUGCUGUGGCGUAAGUGGUCCCGAGGACUUUGAGGAGAGCCUCUUCAGGCUCCUCAACCCCAAUAAGAUGGUCCCUGAGGCCUGCUGCCAGAGGAACAGUUAUCUUGGAGACGUCAGUGUGGAGCAGUGUGUGAGCGGCAGCGUGGCCUUCAGACACAACAAGGGCUGUUACUCAGCGAUGGUCGACUACUUUGAGACGUACAUCUACACAGCUGGAGCUCUGGCCAUUGUGGUGCUGACAAUCGAACUCUUCGCCAUGGUGUUUGCCAUGUGUUUAUUCAGAGGCAUCCAGUAAACUCCUGCGUGCACGGCCAGGGUCAUCAUCAGCCGUCGAACGGGCACAAGCAGGAGGGAAAACAAAACUGUAAAAUAUGGAAUGUAUUUGUACAGUGAUAGAUUAUGUGUCUCAUUGGUUUUGUGGCAUCAUUUUGUACUUCACAGCAGCAGCAGGGCAUUUGAGGUACCGCUUUGGGCACAAUAGACACACACAGGAAGUAAUCCGUGACCUGAGGCUGAGGUUCAGCAAUGACUGCAGUGUUUACGCUAAAGUAAAAUGUUAACACCGGUGAGUCAAGGUUCCACAAGAGGGGAAAACUGAAUUAUAGAUGGUCUUAUAAAUACAGAAGACACUACAGUCCAGGACUAAUCUGUGUCCUGGAAACUGUCCUAGAGCUGGAAACACACCACGCACAACUUAGAACCUGGUUUAUAUCCUCAAUUUCACUGUGAUGAUUGAUUUUCAGGGUCAUGGAAAGCCUGCACAUUUCUGCACUAGUUCAGGUACCUGUGGACAGGCAGCACACUUUAUACUGCAGUGAGCCUCAGAACAGUAAAAACUGUCAGGAUCAGCUAGUCAACAGUGGAAACCAGAUCUCAGGACAAUGGGCCUCAUGCAAGAACAUUUUCAUCUUCUUAUCAUAAACCUGUUUUCCUAAGAGGUUUGCUCAUGUUCCAACUCUUUUAGCUGCACAAGCUUAUUGGGUGCUCAUUUCAGCCACCUGUCCAGGUAUAGAAGCAUGAUUGAUAGAUUUAAUAAAUUAAUUGUUGAGGACAUCAGCUCUGCAGUAUAGUGGGCAAGUUUCUUUCCCAGAUAUUGACUAAAAUGAAGACUUUUACAGCAGAGAGCUUCAAGUUUUGCUGUGGGAAAUAAACAGACACAAACAGAACAAAUUCAGCAGUAUCUUUAUUAGAAAUGAUUAAUACAUUAUGAACAACAGAUAAACAGAGAAUAGUUUAACAUGUUAGCUUGAUGCUGAGCAGUCAUCUUGUUACACAGUAACACAGUUGGUGACUAAAAUGGGAAUCAGAAAGGAGACGUGAUCGACAUGGAGAUGGAUGAUGUUAAACUUUUACUAUGUGAUUAUUGGUUAAACCUGUAAUUUCAUCUGACUCAUUUGACACAUAAGCUGACAGAAGGAGUCUCUCACUUUUUUAUGACCAAGUAUUAAAAUCUCAAAAUAUCUUCUUAGAGCAUCUAUUUCUAUGAAUGAUACAACUUUUUUGACUUAUAUCUAUUAUCUAAAUUAUUACAUUAUUCUGGAAGUACUAUAUAUAUAUAUAUAUAUAUAUAUAUAUAUAUCAGGAAUGUUGAGAGGGAAUAGUUGUAACAUAUUUAAAUUCAUUAAGUUCAUUCUUUCAGAAUAAAGGACUGUGGUUCUUCAAAUAGUGAUUUCUCGUGACCACUUGUGAAUGUAGUUCUUACCUGAGAGAAAAUCCUAGUUACAAGAAAGUUGGUGAAUGUGACGACUUGAGUCAGAUCAUUCAAUCUUGGCCAUGUAAGAAAGAAUCUGUUCUUGCUUGAAGCUGAUUGUCUUCAAAAUAAGUCAUAAAUCUUUAAACACGAUGCAGAGUCUUUAGGAUUUUUAAAAGUUGUAUUUUAUGUUUACAAGACUUUGUACAUUCAUGUAGAGCUCUGUGUAAAGUAUUAAUUAAAAUGGUAUUUAAGUUUGUCUUGGAGCACCUGUAAAUUCAAGCAUCUUCACACAAUGAAACUGAAUAUGUGUGAGUGUGUGAGAGUGCGUGUAUGUGUGUGUUUAUGUAAAUAAUCCUGUGUAGGACUUUUCUCUUUGUGCACAGUGUGAUAAUGUAAAUUUCGUCAGUGGUUAUAAAAAUGGAAGUUUAGUUAAAAUAACAUUUUUAUGUGUGUUUGAAAACUGCUGUUGAUUUGUAUACAUGGCACUGAUUAAACUGAUUGCUGUGA